AUGGCUGAGAAACACCCUAUUGAAGAUCUACGCGCCCCCGAGGCGAACAGCCUAUCAGGUGGCGACAGUGACUCUCGAGCAGAUGAUGCGAGCGACUACGAGCUGACUGGAAUUCCACUAGUCCUAGUCAUGACUGGACUUGGCCUGUCUAUAUUUCUCAUGUCACUGGACUCGUCUAUCAUUGCCACGGCUAUUCCCCGGAUCACAUCACAAUUCAACAGCACCAGUGAUAUUGGCUGGUACGGAAGUGCAUACUCGUUUGCGAUGUGCGCUUUGCAGCCUGUCGCAGGUAAACUGUUUACAAGCUUUCAGAUGAAGGGCAUGUUCCUCGGAUGUUUUACCAUCUUCGAGCUUGGCUCAUUGCUCUGUGCCCUUGCUGUCAACAGUCCUAUGCUCAUCUUUGGGCGUGCUAUAGCUGGAAGUGGGGCAGCAGGAUGCUUUACAGGAGCCUUCUGUAUUGUCGCAGUUUCUAUCCCGCUGGUCAAGCGACCAUUCUAUAUUGGAAUCCUUCAGUCAACCUUUGGCGUUGCCACCAUCAUCGGACCCGUAUUAGGUGGUGCAUUUACAGAACAUGUGACGUGGCGGUGGUGUUUCUGGAUAAAUCUCCCCAUCGGGGCUGUCACCAUCAUCUCACUGGUGUUCUUCUUCAAGCCGCCUACGCGCGACUCGAGAAAAGCUCCGUCGGUUCUUCACAGACUGCAGAACUUGGACUUGCUUGGCGCCUCUCUUUUCGCUCCGGCCAUCGUCAUGAUAUUUUUGGCUCUUCAAUGGGGAGGGACUGAACACGCUUGGAAGAGUGCUACCAUCAUUGGUCUCUUCAUUGGAGGCGCGGGUCUUGGUGUUGUCUUUGCUCUCUGGCAAGUACGAAGGGGUGAUAACGCCAUGAUUCCACCACGUCUGAUUACUGAGCGCACGAUGUUCUUCUCUUGUUUCAGCGAGUUCUUUGCCAUGGGUGCCGUGUAUAUUUCGAUUUACUACCUUCCAGAAUGGUUCCAGGUCAUCAAAAACGCCUCGCCAACAAAAUCUGGAGUUAUGUACCUCCCUUUAGCACUGUCAGAUGUCCUCUCUGCAACCCUGACAGGCGCUUCGCUUAAGUAUCUUGGAUACCCAAAUCCCUAUAUGCUCCUUGGAACGGGUUUGAUGAGCAUAGCAACGGGACUCUUCUCUACCUUCUCUCAAACCACGCCCCACCAGCAGUGGAUCCCAUUCCAAGUCCUCCAUGGUCUUGGCGUGGGAAUGACCCUCUCAAUGCCCUACGUUGCGACUCAAACAGUCCUUGAGCCAGAGGAUAUCCCUGUCGGCACCUCACUAUUGCAAUGCUUCCAAUUCUUCGGAGCUUCCGUGAAUCUCGCUAUCGCGGAGGCCAUUUUUGAGAACAAGCUUGUCUCACGACUAGAAAGUUGGGGAUUUGAGGGCCACGAGGUAGAGAAAAUCCUCAGUGCAGGCUCUGCCGAGGCAAGGAAUGUGAUUUCUGCGGACCACCUUCCAGGUGUAUUAGAUGCAUACAAUCACGCGAUCACCAGGACGUUCUACGUCGCAACUAGUGUUGCCGUUGUUGCAUUCCUCCUUUCACUCGGCAUCCGCUGGAGAAGUGUCAAGCCAAAACCCCAGGCUACUAUCUCCGAUGAGGAGGCUAGGUCGUCAAGUCAGUAA